AUGCCGAGACCGAAACGACCAGGCGCGCCUGCACCUAAGCCCCGAAGUCGACAUGGAUGCUGGCCUUGUAAAAGACGUAAGAUCAAAUGCACCGAGGAGAAGCCAUCUUGUGCAAACUGCCUGCGUCAAGGUGACACGUGCGACUAUAGCAUUCGCCUGAAUUGGGAAGGUCGCACCAAGAGGAAGGCUUCCGAAGCGUUGACCCCGACUUCGAGUUCAGGGUUUGUGUCGUUCGCAACAAAGCCACGGUUGUCUGGUCUAGUCUCCGGACCCGAGUCGGCAUCUCCAGUCGAUUUAGCUCUAGGCAUAAGGGAUGAAUGGUCUACGGCUUCAAGCCCCUACACGAGUAGUACUGGAAACACAUGGAUUCCCUCUGGAUCACCUCCAUCCGCACCCACCCAGUCGCCGCCUACAGGACCUGACGACCACCAGGUCGUAGCUGCACAGCAUGAACUUUCUACGAAGAGCACAUUCAUGCCAUCUACGACAGUGCAUGAGAAUUAUCGGCCUUAUUCACAGCCGUUUGCAGCACCUGACUCUGCUGGGCUAGGAUUUACCGCUCUUCCGUACGGAUUCGAAAGCAAUGCGGUCUCUCAACCAGUCUCCUUUCUCCGUGACACUUCGACGGGAGACGGGUUGGCCACUGAGCAAGGUGUCUACAAUGCUAAGGGUCAGCAGAGACAGGGCGAUAAUUUGAGCCAUCGUAAGUAUCACGGCCAAACGUCGCUUGGUCAGGAUCCCGGUCCGAUUCCACUGAACCUCGCAUUGUCUCACGGCGCCGAAAAUACCAUGGAGUCACCGGACAGGCGUCGACCUAUAGUCACCGGCCAUGAAAUAUUUUAUGGGUAUGACUGCGGUACUCCAGAUUAUGAUCUACCCAAGAACAACGAUGCAGAAGCCAUUGCCCCAAUCAAUCCAUCUGAUGAAGUCAUUGACGACGAUCCUAUAAGUCCUGAAUCAGAGCCGACGCCCACUGGUUCUAUUCAUGUUCGCCGAAGGUCGUCAUUCACUACGGGUGGUGGUUAUUAUAUUACCCCUGUUCGUGUCAAGAUACCCAGAAGGAUGACACCGUUACCAUCAACGUUGCUGGAGAAUCCAAUGAACCUGCUGUAUUUCCAUCAUUUCAUUGAUCACACCGCACGAAUAUUGGUUCCUCAUGACUGUGAUCGGAAUGGGCUGUUGAAUAUUUUACCUGCGAUGGCCAUUACCGAUCCCAACCUUCUCAAUCUGAUGUUGGCGUAUUCAGCAAGUCAUCGAGCGCGCUUUCUUCGUCAUCCAGAACCUUCCAAUCGAAUUGCGCAUUGGGUCAGAGAUGUCUUCCCUGCCCUGCGGCACGCCCUGAACGAGCCAGAUGGGAAUGUGACUGACAGCCACUUAGCAACUGCAAUCAUGCUAGUGUCUCUCAAAAUUGUGUCCCCGAGCACUUUCGAAGUCCCUAUCACAUGGCAGACUCACCUCAAACUCGCCAGGGAUCUUUUCAUUGCUCGCGGGAUUCAUCUUCAUUGUCAACCGGAUAACAAAGUAGCUUGGUUCCUUGGCCAAUGGUUCUGCUAUCUAGACAUCAUUGGAAGUCUGUCUUGCCGAUACAGUGGCGCCCCCGUAUUGGAUUCCAGCCACUGGCUAAUAGCAGCGAGCCAGGGAAUUUCUGACAACCCAUAUCAGGAGGAUGAAGAUAACGAUGAACACUACCGAGUGGACUGUUUUCUAGGAUGCACGCGUCAGACGGGGGCUCACUUGGCGCGUCUGGCACAUUUGACGCAUCGCUGUGACAACGAGCGCUUUGACGAGGUUGGGAAUUUUCGAACAGAUUGGACACCAUCCCACGACGUGAUACAGGCUGGUCAAUCCCUUUUGGAGGGCAUGCGUCGGGCUAGACAGCGCGGUCAUGUACCGGGAACCCAUCACACGGAGUUGGAAGACGACGAAAUGAUAGCGAUAGAUAUGGCAUUUCACUGGUCUGGUGUAAUUCACACUCACCGCCGCGUCUUGGGUGAUACCGGCUACUCGGCAGAGAUCCAUGAAGCAGUCGACAACCUCUGCAGUGCUAUUGCUAGGAUCCGUUCUGGAAGUUCGACGGAGUGUUCUGUUCUUUUCCCGCUGUUUACGGCGGGGUGUGAAAGUCGGGAUCCUCAGCAACGAUUGGAUAUUAUGACGAGGGUGAUGAAUUUUGAGACAGAGGGACUCAAGCAGUUUAAAAACGCGCGCAAGUUGAUGCAGCGGUGUUGGGAAGAGGAUCUACCAUGGAUGGCGUUGGCCCAUGGGAAACGAUUUCGGGUUUGA